AUGGCUUUCCAGCCCACCUUUGACACAACCCCACCGUCCUCCGUCGCUCCUCGUCCGUGGUGGUCACGACCAAUGAUGACUAUCCCGCGAGCUAGUGAACGUGAAGCCACAGGCAUGGAAUGUGCGGCAAUGUGUGCACCCUCUUGCGGCGGCUUCUUCACCGUUGUCGUUCUGUUCUUAAUCUUUGUGUUGAUCGACAAAGCUCACGUCCACGCCAAAACCUCCCUACAGUCCCUCGCCGUCUCCUCCGCCACGUGGCAAGGCGAUUUUCUCAUGAAAAAUCCUAGCCCGAUGUAUUCUAUCUACUACGAAAGCGAUGACGCUGCCGUGAGGCUCGGUUCUCAAUACGCUGCCGUUUUAAACAUCACUAGUCAGCCUGUUUCUAAAGACCACACUGCUUUCUCGUUGUUUUUCGUUGCUGAGGGAAAUCGAAGUGACGUGGUUGCAGGGGAGCUUGUCGUCAAACUCGGGGGCGAAGCAUAUGCGUUACGUGGGUCACGAUGA